CAAUGGUUCCAUAUGUAAUCCGACGGUGGCUUUUCACUACGCUGUGCCGCAGUCCCUGUCACACUACGGACUUAAGUUCCUCAUACUAGUCGUUCAAACAUUUCCAGACACACAAUACACCGAAAAGGUGUAUAAUACGAUUUUGUUAAAUGAAAGUAUUCUUGUAUUAAUCUAUAUCAAUGGCACACUUAACUGGUCAAGUUAAUUCUCCAUUAACGGGAGGAUAUUUACUGAUAAUAUUGGGCGAACCAAGAAGCGCCGAACACAAGUUGUCUAUACUGAAAAAUCUUACUAAAGGACUUUCAUAUUGGAAUACUGAAGAAAGUGGUGUUAAUUUAGUAAAUGAGAUUGACGCUAUUGUAAAUCAGAAUAUUGAAGGCGAAGAAGGAAAAGACGGAGAACAAUUGUUUCAGUAUGCGAGUGAUAACUUAGUUGCUGAAAUUUUAAUUAAUCCACAUUAUAUUACAUUAGUGCAAUGUAUCAGAAAUUUACUUGCGAGCUUAACGAAAUAUAGAUUGAUUAUUUAUGCUGGAUACUCAUUUACGGAAAACGGAGCAUGGAUCUUACAGGAUGGGACAUUUGCUGUGGUGGAUUUUUUGGAAGCUUAUAAGACAUCUGAAGUUCAGCGUGUUGUCAAACUUCACGAAAGUAAAAUUCAUGUAGAACUUCAGUGCUCAGUGAAUGGUGAAUGGAAUCAAAUAUGCCGUUUAAGAGGCACUUGUUUUACAUUAAAUUCGUCAAAGAACUCAAUUGAUAAUAACUCAAUAAGUGCUAUAAUUAGAUGGCUGUGUGAUAAAAUCAAUGUUGUUGAACUUAAUACACUACUUGAAGGCUCACAAGUAGUUGGAAAUAUCAGAUUUAGUAAACCGACACUUUAUGUUUUUCCCGCUGGACAAGGUGACUGUGCGUUGUUUGGUAUUAAUGGAUUUAAUAUGUUACUUGAUGGAGGUGCUGGAAGAAAUUCAUGUUUUUGGGGUUUUGCUAGACAUUUAGAUAGAUUAGAUGCAAUUUUACUUACACGACUGAAUACUGAUAAUAUAGAAGGGAUAGCAUCAUUCAUAAAACGAAAAACAAUGGCAUCGUUGUAUCCACAAAUUGGGCACUUUUUUUGUAAUUUCAAAACAAGAAAACAAAGAAAUGAAUCUGAAAGCGAAAAUAAAGAAAAAAAUCCUUUAUCAAUUAGUUUAAUAGAUACUGCUGAAAAUAUAAUAACUGAUCUUAAACAGUUACAAAUUCGCCCCCAUUUGUGUUAUAGGAAUAUUCAUCUAGAGCCCAUAAAUUUGUAUCAUAAAGUUGGUUAUGGAAGAUUAGAUAUGUACAUUUUAAAUCCUCCCAAAGACAGCAAAGAAGUUAAAGAUUUUUUAAUAAAAUGGAAUGAAGGUGAUCAAAAAAUGUAUAAUUCUACUAAAGAACUGUUUAUUCCUCUACCAAACAUAAUUUCAAUUUGUUCAUUGUUAGUUUGGCAACCUGCUAAUCCUAACAUUACCAUAACAAGAAUUUUAUUUCCUGGAAGUUGUCCUCAAAUUAAGAUAUUUGAAGCUCUUGAAAGAAUAAAACAUUUAGAGUUUUUAAAACAUCCGUCUUGUUCUAUUAAAUCAAUGAGUUCAACAGUUUUAUUGACAAAAAGUAUAUCAUCUAAAAAAACAACUUUUGAUAAAUUGAUACUUAAAGAUACAAAGACAAAAAAAAAUAUGAAAAAUUUGGAACUAGUAAAAACAGUUAAUCCUGUUGUUCAAACUUCAAUCGAAUCUACAACACCCAAAGAUAAUUUGAUUUCAAAUCUAAAAAAUGAUACAAAAAAGAAACAAUUAUCAAAAAAUACAGAAUUGGAAAUUAAAGUUAAAUGUAAAAUAGAUUCAACGAGUGACAUUAGUGAAAUGAAACUUAAAUCGAAAAAAUUACAACAAAACGUUGAAAGUACAAAACAAUUGACAAAUUCAAACAAUGAUUACAUAAAUAAGGAAAUAUCCCCCAAGAAUAAUCCCUUAAUUUAUAAAAAUAUAAAAUUAAAUACAGACACAUCAUUGACAUCAUUAAAAAGUAAUUCGAAAUCUACAACUACUAUUUCAAAAAUAAAAAAAGAAGAAGACAAUCGUAGAAAAAUAAUAUUAUCAAAAGUGAAUUCUAGUGUGAAAAAAAAUACUAAAUCAAAAACGCAAACAGCGAUUACUAAAACACAAGAGGGAAUACUUGGAAACGAACCACGUGCUAUUUACAAAUCUAGUAUUGUGAGUUCUAAAACUAAUGGAGAAGAAGAUGACGUAUUAAUUAUAGAAAAGGUAUUAAAAACACCUCAAAAAUCAAUAACAACAGAUGAUAAACAAUUGAUUGAAAACGAAUUAGAUACAAUAAUUACAGAAGCAGCGAAAUUUAUUAGCAAAGAAAUAACACAAAACAAUGGAAUACUUGGAAACGAACCACGUGCUAUUUACAAAUCUAGUAUUGUGAGUUCUAAAACUAAUGGAGAAGAAGAUGACGUAUUAAUUAUAGAAAAGGUAUUAAAAACACCUCAAAAAUCAAUAACAACAGAUGAUAAACAAUUGAUUGAAAACGAAUUAGAUACAAUAAUUACAGAAGCAGCGAAAUUUAUUAGCAAAGAAAUAACACAAAACAAUGCUAACAAAAGCAAUCAAGAACUUGAAACAAUGAAAAACAACAAAAAAGAGAAAAAAAGUAUUAAUGAUCNGAAAAACAACAAAAAAGAGAAAAAAAGUAUUAAUGAUCAAGAAUAUAUAAAGACACCAGAUGAAGUAGCAGAUUUACCAUAUUACGAAGAAACAGAUUUUGAUAAAAAUAUCAAUCAAAGUGAACACAUAAACGAAAAUUUAAAAAAAUCACAUAUUAACAACGUUGCACCUAAAAUAUCAACAAACUUCAAGCAUCAAAAUAUAAAAGGAAAAAAUAUUGAAAUAAAUCAGUUAGAAAAUGAAAAACAGUAUGAAACGAUUAAUAACAUAAAAGAUAUAAAAAAAGAAUCUAACAGUAUAAAUAAUAUUGAAGAGGCUUCAAACAAAUCUGAUCUAAAAACCUACGUCAUCCAUGAAGAAAUUCUUAAAAAUGAUAUAAGUGAUAGAGGAAACUCAAAACAAAAGAACAGAAUAGAAUCUCCAACAAAAAAUAAUGUUGUAGAAACAACAAAGGCAAAAUCUUUUGAUCAACCUGCAGAAAUAUCCAAAAUUAAAAGUAGAAAAAGCUCGAUUCAAGACGUCAAUGAUGAUUCUCUGGAACCAACAAAUAUAUCUAGUAGAAAAACUUCUGACGCCCUUGAUGAAAUAUCAAAUACUCCAAUUAUUAGUGAAAGUACUAAAGUAUCAAUUCAAGAGACAAUAUAUCAUUCUCCAAUUAAAGAUAAUGUUUUAGAUAACACAAAUACGUCAUCUGUAAAAUCAUCGGACGGUCAUGAAGAAAUACUGAAAAUUGAAAGUAAAAAAAGCUCGAUUCGUGAGUUCAAUGAUGAUUCUGUAGAACCAACAAAUAUAUCUAGUAGAAAAACUUCUGACGCUCAUGAUGAAAUAUCGAAUUCUCCAAUUAUUAGUGAAAGUACUAUAGUAUCAAUUAAUGAGGUUAAAGAUAAUGUUUUAGAUAACACAAAUACGUCAUCUGUAAAAUCAUCUGACGGUCAUGAAGAAAUACUGAAAAUUGAAAGUAGAAAAAGCUCGACUUGUGAGUUCAAUGAUGAUUCUGUAGAACCAACAAAUAUAUCUAGUAGAAAAACUUCUGACGCCCUUGAUGAAAUAUCGAAUUCUCCAAUUAUUAGUGAAAGUACUAUAGUAUCAAUUAAUGAGGUUAAAGAUAAUGUUUUAGAUAACACAAAUACGUCAUCUGUAAAAUCAUCUGACGGUCAUGAAGAAAUACUGAAAAUUGAAAGUAGAAAAAGCUCGACUUGUGAGUUCAAUGAUGAUUCUGUAGAACCAACAAAUAUAUCUAGUAGAAAAACUUCUGACGCUCAUGAUGAAAUAUCGAAUUCUCCAAUUAUUAGUGAAAGUACUAUAGUAUCAAUUAAUGAGGUUAAAGAUAAUGUUUUAGAUAACACAAAUACGUCAUCUGUAAAAUCAUCUGACGGUCAUGAAGAAAUACUGAAAAUUGAAAGUAGAAAAAGCUCGACUUGUGAGUUCAAUGAUGAUUCUGUAGAACCAACAAAUAUAUCUAGUAGAAAAACUUCUGACGCUCAUGAUGAAAUAUCGAAUUCUCCAAUUAUUAGUGAAAGUACUAUAGUAUCAAUUAAUGAGGUUAAAGAUAAUGUUUUAGAUAACACAAAUACGUCAUCUGUAAAAUCAUCUGACGGUCAUGAAGAAAUACUGAAAAUUGAAAGUAGAAAAAGCUCGACUUGUGAGUUCAAUGAUGAUUCUGUAGAACCAACAAAUAUAUCUAGUAGAAAAACUUCUGACGCCCUUGAUGAAAUAUCGAAUUCUCCAAUUAUUAGUGAAAGUACUAUAGUAUCAAUUAAUGAGGUUAAAGAUAAUGUUUUAGAUAACACAAAUACGUCAUCUGUAAAAUCAUCUGACGGUCAUGAAGAAAUACUGAAAAUUGAAAGUAGAAAAAGCUCGACUUGUGAGUUCAAUGAUGAUUCUGUAGAACCAACAAAUAUAUCUAGUAGAAAAACUUCUGACGCCCUUGAUGAAAUAUCAAAUAAAUCAAUAAUAUGUGAAAGUACUAAUGAUUCAAUUCAAGAGGCAAAAGAUAAUUCUCCAAUUAAAGAUAAUGUUUUAGAUAACACAAAUACGUCAUCUGUAAAAUCAUCUGACGGUCAUGAAGAAAUAUCGAAAAUUGAAAGUAGAAAAAGCUCGAUUCGUGAGUUCAAUGAGUAUUCUGUGGAACCAACAAAUAUAUCUAGUAGAAAAACUUCUGACGCCCUUGAUGAAAUAUCGAAUUCUCCAAUUAUUAGUGAAAGUACUAUAGUAUCAAUUAAUGAGGUUAAAGAUAAUGUUUUAGAUAACACAAAUACGUCAUCUGUAAAAUCAUCUGACGGUCAUGAAGAAAUACUGAAAAUUGAAAGUAGAAAAAGCUCGACUUGUGAGUUCAAUGAUGAUUCUGUAGAACCAACAAAUAUAUCUAGUAGAAAAACUUCUGAAGCCCUUGAUGAAAUACCAAAUAAAUCAAUAAUAUGUGAAAGUACUAUAGUAUCAAUUAAUGAGGUUAAAGAUAAUGUUUUAGAUAACACAAAUACGUCAUCUGUAAAAUCAUCUGACGGUCAUGAAGAAAUACUGAAAAUUGAAAGUAGAAAAAGCUCGACUUGUGAGUUCAAUGAGGAUUCUGUGGAACCAACAAAUAUAUCUAGUAGAAAAACUUCUGACGCUCAUGAUGAAAUAUCGAAUUCUCCAAUUAUUAGUGAAAGUACUAUAGUAUCAAUUAAUGCGAUUAAAGAUAAUGUUUUAGAUAACACAAAUACGUCAUCUGUAAAAUCAUCUGACGGUCAUGAAGAAAUACUGAAAAUUGAAAGUAGAAAAAGCUCGACUUGUGAGUUCAAUGAUGAUUCUGUAGAACCAACAAAUAUAUCUAGUAGAAAAACUUCUGACGCCCUUGAUGAAAUACCAAAUAAAUCAAUAAUAGGUGAAAGUACUAAUGAUUCCAUUCAUGAGGUUAAAGAUCAUUCUCCAAUUAAAGAUAAUGUUUUAGAUAACACAAAUACGUCUUCUAGAAAAUGUUCAAUUAAUUCUCGCAUUGUUGAUCACAUCCAUUGUUCAUCAUUUGAUGAGAAAUGUUUAUUUAAUGAUUUUGGGACUGAUUCUUGUGGUGCAUUAAAUAUUAAUAAUAAAAAUGUUAAGACUGGUAUAAUUGCUCAAAUAUUUGAAUGUGAUUCUACACUUGAAUGUGCUGAUACGUUUUCUGUGAUAAAAAAUGAUAUUAAUGAUGAGUUGAAUGCAAUGAGUGAACAGACUGACUUUGAAAAAAAAUUUGUAAUUUCCCAUAAUGUUGAUGAAGUAAAGAAAUCUAACUAUGUCGUAAACUGUGAAAGUGCUUUAGAUGACAUUAAAGCUAAGCAAUCAUUGGGAGUUAAUUUAAAUAAUGACGAUCUAGGCAUUACAGAGGAUGAUGUUAUGCAGUUAAAUAUAGAUGUCAAAAAUACUUUGAAUCAAUGUUUUUAUGUUGAAGAUCAACACAAUGAAGAUAGAAAAGAAUUAAUUCUAGUUAAAAACGACAUAGUUGAAGAAAAACAUAAUAAGAUUGACUAUCCUUCAUCUAGUGAUGAUUCUAAUUUAGAAUUGAAUAGACUUAUGAAUUUAGAUAACCGUCGAUUAGAUAAUGAGUUUGAUUUUAAAAAAGCUUUAGAAGAACAUAAAAUAGCCAGAGGUGAGGAUUUUUCGAGUGUUACAGUAAACACUGGUAAUAAUAUUAAUACUAAAAUUAGUGAAUCAGAUCACGAUAAUAUUAAUCAGAAUCAAAGUUCAUCUUCAAAUACAGUUGAAACUUGGGGUAAACCUCUCAGUUUACCCCCUGUACAAAUUACUAACAAUAAUGGACAUAAUAUAAUUCGAGAUUGGGAUAAGCCAUUGAAACUCCCAUCGCCUAUUCUUUCUGUUAACGAAACAACCUCAAGUAAUAACUUAAAUUUAUCUCCGAAAAAAAACAUUUUAAAAUCAAUUGAUAACAAGCCAAUAAUAAGUGUUAAAGAUAAAGAUAUGCAUAAUCGUAUAAAACGUUCAAAUUCUCCUAUAAAAGAUAGAAGUCGGUCAUCAAGUCGAGUCACAAAAGUAAAUCCGGUAUAUUUUGAUUUGAUAUAUGUACCUAACUUCGGAAAUUCAAAAUUUGUAACUGUGGACUUCUUUAAACGCAUAAGAGCUAGGAACUAUGUUUUUAGUGGUACUGAUUCAAAUAAAGAAGUGUUAAAUGCAUUAAUUGAGGGAAAACAAACAUGGGGAGAUCACAAUCUCGAGGUAACAAUUAUUCCAACUUACGAUACUGAAACAAUGAGUCAAUGGGCUAUUGAAAAUGAAGAAAUAUUAAUCAAACUCAAAAUUGAUAUAAGUCCAAGCGCAAGUCGAUGCACUAUAAAACUUCAAGAUCAUAACACAAGCUGUUCUGCAUAUCGAUUAGAAUUUUAAAAACAUGGUAUUAGGUAAAAAAUUGGUCAACAAUAGCGCAUUUGAAAUUAAUAUCAUCCAAAAAUUUGGUAUUAAGUAAUAAAAUGUCUGUUUUUUUUUCAAUUCGUAAAGUUAUUAAUAUUAUUAAUCUUAACGAAAGCUUAAAUAAUUGCUUCUAUUCAAGUUUAUAUUUGCUAUCAAAUUACAUUUAUUGAAAUUCUGUAAUUAAGCAUUACAUUUUUUUUAUAACUAGCAUUAUUAGAACUUUGACCCUGGAACUGCUGUUAGGCAUUACUUCAGGGCGGCAAGCACUAAAUACAAGACUGCAAAAUCCAUCCUACAUUUUUAUUUACAUAUAUUUUUUAAUAUAUACAUACAACGAGUAAAUUUGUAGAAACUAAAAAAUUAGGAAACAUUUAUACAAUCAUUUUUAAUAAAUACAAGAUGUUUCAUACUAUUCCAUUUUUUUAAAUUACUUUAGUUAUAUUAGUAGAACUAUUAUUGAAGUUUAAUAUUUAUUUUUAUUUAUCGAUUAUAUUAAUUUUUUCAUACAAUAUAUAUACGAAUUUUUAUGGGAAGAAGCAAUAUAAAUAUGUAUUAGUUUUUCUUUUUAUUAUGAGAAAUUAUUUCGACGUUGUUUUUAUGUAUUUAAAAUAUAAAUUUGUGUUAUUACCCUAUUAAAUUUCAACGACUUUUAUAAAAUAAUAUGAAUUAAUUAUUAUAUUGUACUAUUAGUGAUCAAUAAUUUUUACUAAAAAAAUGUAAAUUAUCAUUAAUGAAAUAUUUAUUACCUUAGAAAGUAAUUUAAAUGUUUUAAAACUUUUUCAUUUUACUGAUUAGAUGACAUUAUUGAAAACUAAAUAUUAUUUGUUAUCAAUGACCAUAUUAGCUCAUUCAAACAAUCAGUAGCAUUUGAAAGGAAUAAAUUUACUCGAAGAUUUUAAGUUUCAUUUGUCUGAAAAAAUAUUUUACAUUAAGUGACUAAUAACGAAUGCUUUGACUAGGAAGUUGAAAGUCUUUUAAAAAUCAUUUUUAAUGUAAUACCUUAAUUGUUAUUCACAUCAAGUAUUUUUAAUCAAUCAAUACAAAUAUAAUGAAUUUUCAUUUUAUAAGUUCCUAUUAAAACUCUUUUUAAUUAUCUACAUAAUUUAAUAGAAAAGUAUUAUGAAUAACUAUCGAAGAAAGCAUAGUUGUCAAGUAAUAUAUUUUUAAUUAUAAAUGUACAUUUUUUUGGAAAUGUAUACAUUACUAAUUGAAGCCAAAAAGCCACAUAGGUUUAUUCAAAAGUAUUUUUAUGAUUGUGAACUAAAUUUUAUUAUUAAAGAAAAAUUUAAUUUCAAAACUUUUAAAAAGCAGAUAUAACUGCAUAUGGUGAAAGUAAAAUUGAAAUUAUUUAAUAAAUUCAUUAAGAAUGAGAAAAUUAAUACAUACCUAUUAUAUUAUUUUAUACCAAAUCUAGUUUUGAGCUAUGUAAAAUAUCCAACAAUGUAUCAUUUUUUAAUAGUCUAUUUGUAUUGCUUUAAACUUUUUAUUUGGUGCUGCAUAUUAUCCAUACUAUUUUAUAUUAUUAUGGUAACAUUUCGUUUUUCCUUUUUUUAAAAUUAAAUGUUUUCAUCAAUAUAUAUUAGUAAAUAUAAUUUUUAUUUUAACUUUGCAUAAAAACUUUAUGUACUUCUAACAAAAUAUUUGAAAUUGGUGCUAUAUAGCUAUAUACAUGAAGGAUGAAGUCUUAUUUGACUUGAGGAAAAGCGUGAUUUUCAUACUAACCAUAAACUCAAUUCAUUAAUUGGAUAGUUUUAUUAUUAUAUUACAUGGUAUAAAUUGUAGUGUUUUAAUAAAAGUUAAUUUUUAUUUAUUUAACUUGUUAAUUAAAAUGUAUUACUUUUGAAUAAUUUGUAUCUCAUAGGUAAUGAAUUUUUUUUAUUAUUAUUCAAAAUAAGUAGUAAAUAACAUGUAUAUAAUAAAAAUAGAACACAAUUUUGUUCUUUUAUUUAUUUUUAAGUAUACUUGGAAGCAUUUUUUAUAAAGUAUAAAUAUAUAUUUUUUGCUUUCUGAUAGUAUAACAUAAUAAAAUAAUGCAAAAAAUGUUUGAAAGAUUCGAUUUUUAUGUAAGUGUUGACAUUAAAUUCGUUAAAGUUCUAUUCUCAAGUACUACACUUCUGAAUUUGAUUAGCAUUAAAAUAAAAAUAUAUGUUAGCAGAGGCGGACUGAGUUAAUAUAAUAACUUGGUCAACAAAAACAAAAUAUAGUAUUGAAUAAACUCAAAAACAAUAUCUUUAUAAAAUUAGUUAAUUAACACAGUUCAUUUUAAAUUUAAUAUUCGUAAAUUAUAAAUCUAUCAGCUAAUAAUUAAAAAAACAGAUAUGAUGUUACCGUUUAAGUUAAUCCGCUUUUGUGUUAAUAUUAUAAUUGCAUUUAACAAUAUAAAGAUGUUUAAAUAUUGCUUUAUUGUACGCAAAUUAUCAUAAGUUUUGAUUGUACUACAUAUUUCUAAACA